UCAGGAUGGCACAGUGGUAUGAUUUACAGCAAAUUGAUUCCAAAUUUUUGGAACAAGUCCAUCAGUUGUAUGAUGACAGCUUCCCCAUGGAGAUAAGGCAGUAUCUGGCUCAAUGGCUAGAAGCACAAGACUGGGAACAUGCUGCCACCAAUGUCUCUUUAGCUACAAUUCUCUUCCAUGGACUUCUAUCCCAGCUUGAUGACCAGUACAGCAGAUUUUCCUUGGAGUGCAAUUUCUUAUUACAACAUAAUAUACGGAAAAGCAAGCGUAAUCUACAGGAUAACUUCCAAGAAGACCCAGUACAAAUGGCAAUGAUCAUCUACAACUGUUUAAGAGAAGAAACUAAAAUACUGGCCAAUGCACGUUCAUUUUCUCAGAAUCAGGUUGGCAAUACACAAAAUACAGUUAUGAUUGAUAAGCACAGAGAGCUUGAUAAAAAGGUCACAGAAGUAAAGAACAGAGCUCUGGAACUGGAACAAGAAGUCAAAAAUCUGGAGGACUUACAAGAUGAAUACGAUUUCAAAUAUAAAACCAUUCAAAGCAGAGAAAAUGAGCAUAACGGAAUUGCACAAAAUGAACUGAAGCAGGAAAAAUUGGUUUUAAGAAAUAUGCACAUUACCGUGAGCCUUCGGAGAAAGGAAAUUGUUCAAAAAAUAGGUGAACUGCUAAAUAUUAUAGAACAUACACAGAGUUCCCUUAUAAAUGAAGAAUUGGUUGAAUGGAAGCGCAGACAGCAAAUAGCUUGUAUUGGGGGUCCACCUAAUGCUUGUCUUGACCAACUGCAAACCUGGUUCACAUCCAUUGCUAAAAGUCUACAGCAAAUCCGUCAACAGUUAAAGAAACUGGAGGAGUUAGAGCAGAAACUUACAUAUGACUGUGAUCCCAUUACCAACAACAAGCAAGCCUUGCAAGAGCGUACACAGAUUUUAUUUAAACAACUGAUGCAAAGCUCGUUUGUGGUUGAAAGGCAACCAUGCAUGCCUACCCACCCGCAGAGGCCCAUGGUCCUAAAAACCAGUGUCCAGUUCACUGUGAAACUAAGACUUUUGGUGAAACUACCGGAGCUUAAUUAUCAGCUAAAAGUAAAAGCAGUAUUUGAUAAAGAUGUCAAUGAGAAGAAUACAGUGAAAGGGUUCCGAAAAUUUAAUAUUCUAGGUACAAACACAAAAGUAAUGAAUAUGGAAGAAUCCACAAAUGGAUGCUUAGCAGCUGAGUUCAGACAUCUGCAAUUAAAAGAACAAAAGAAUGCAGGAAACAGGACUAAUGAGGGGCCUCUUAUUGUGACUGAAGAACUCCAUUCCUUGAGUUUUGAGACACAGCUUUGUCAUUUUGGCUAUGUAGUGGAUUUAGAGACAGCAUCACUUCCAAUUGUAGUGAUUUCCAAUGUAAGCCAGCUCCCCAGUGGUUGGGCUUCUAUUUUAUGGUACAAUAUGCUGUGCUCAGAGACAAAGAACUUAUCCUUUUUCCUAAACCCGCCAGCAGCCAGAUGGUCCCAGGUUUCAGAAGUACUCUGCUGGCAGUUUUCUUCAGUAACCAAAAGAGGACUUCACACAGAUCAGCUGAGUAUGCUGGAAGAGAAAUUAUUAGGGCCAAAUGUUAUCGGAACUGAAGAUUUUAUUCCAUGGACAAGAUUCUGCAAGGAAAAUCUCAAUGACAAGACUUUUCCAUUCUGGCUUUGGAUUGAGGGUAUCUUGGAGCUGAUUAAAAAGCAUCUCUUAUGCCUGUGGAAUGAUGGGUGCAUUAUGGGUUUCAUAAGCAAAGAAAGAGAGCGUAUGCUGCUAAAAGAUAAAGAACCGGGUACAUUUUUAUUGAGAUUUAGUGAAAGCAGUAAAGAAGGAGCCAUUACCUUUACCUGGGUGGAGAUGGCACAAAAUGAGCCAGUAUUUCAUUCUGUGGAACCUUAUACAAAGAAGGAACUUUCUGCUGUGACCUUUCCAGACAUUAUCCGCAACUAUAAAGUAAUGGCAGCUGAAAAUAUUCCUGAAAAUCCACUGAAAUUCUUAUAUCCAAACACGCCAAAAGAUGCAGCAUUUGGGAGAUACUACUCCAGGCCUACGGAUGCUCCUGAACCAAUGGAUCUUGAUGGACCUAAAACAACAGGAUACAUCAAAACUGAAUUAAUCUCUGUAUCUGAAGUGUGA